AUGGCGACUCCUCUCACUGGUUUGCAACACAACGAGAGGGUCCUGGCUCCAAUGGCCGGUCCCUUGAACACGGUGGAAAAUGCAAAGAUUUCGUUAAUUUCUCAACCUAAAUCCGCCAUUCUUAUCUUCCUCUUCUUUCACAAAGGUAUUCGCUGUGAGCUCGACAGGUUACACAAGUCGGCUCUUGCUUUUGCAACGGAUGGCCAUGGAGAUAUACAAAUGUUGAGAGAGAGAUACAAUUUUCUUAGAACUGUGUAUAAACAUCAUAGCAAUGCUGAGGAUGAGGUUAUAUUUCCAGCUCUAGAUAUACGUGUGAAAAAUGUGGCCCGCACAUAUUCCCUUGAGCACAAGGGGGAAAGUGAUCUUUUUGAUCAACUCUUUGAUUUGCUCAACUCAAAUAUGCAAAACGAUGACAGUUUCCGCAGAGAGUUGGCUUGCUGCACUGGAGCCAUACAAACAUCAAUUUGUCAGCAUAUGUUCAAGGAAGAGGAACAGGUCUUCCCUUAUCUUAUAGAUAAAUUCUCCUUUGAAGAGCAGGCAUUUCUGGUUUGGCAAUUUUUGUGUACUAUUCCGGUGAAUAUGAUGCCAGAAUUUCUCCCAUGGUUAGCAUCAUCUCUUUCCUCUGAUGAACUUCAGGAUUUACUGGACUGCUUGCAUAAGAUAAUUCCAGAACAAAAGCUUCUCCAACAGGUUGUCUUCACGUGGGUGAAAGGAAAAGGUCCAAUCAAAGUGGAAAGUUCCUGUGAUGCUCAUGCAGAAAAGCCUGAUCACAUUGGUGAAUGCUCUCAUGCUUGUGACAAUUGCAAGGUCUGGAAAAGGAAGCAUGUAGAAUUAGAUUCUAGCAUCUCUGAUGGUGGUGGGGGAUGUCCAAUAAAUGAAAUUUUGCAUUGGCAUAAUGCAAUAAAAAAAGAACUGGUGGAUAUAGCCCAAGAAGCAAAAAAGAUUGAGCUUUCUGGAAAUUUUGCCAAUUUGGCGUCUUUCACUGAAAGGUUGCAGUUCAUUGCCGAGGUUUGCAUCUUUCAUAGCAUCGCUGAAGACAAGGUUAUAUUCCCUGCGGUAGAUGCAAGAGUCAAGAACGGAGUGUCGUUUGUAAUGGAGCAUGCUGAAGAGCAAAGUCAAUUCAACAAUUUAAGGUGCUUAAUAGAAAAUAUGCAAACUGUUGGAGCCAAUUCUUCUACAGCUGAAUUUUACAAAAAGCUAUGCACAAAAGCUGAUCAAAUAAUGGCCACAAUACAAGAGCAUUUCCAUACUGAGGAACUUGAGGUCCUUCCUCUUGCUCGAGAACAUUUCAGUUUUAAUGAGCAGCGUGUACUUCUCUAUGAAAGUCUCUGUGUAAUGCCUUUGAAACUUGUAGAGCGGGUCCUACCAUGGUUGGUGUCCUCACUGAAUGAGGAACAAGCAAAAUCUGUUCUCCAAAAUAUGCGUUUGGCAGCUCCAGCUUCUGAUGCUGCAUUAGUUACACUGUUCUCUGGUUGGGCAUGCAAAGGUCGAAGCCAGGAUUCUUCUGAAUCUGGACGGUUUGUAUGUUUGUCUGCAAAUGGGGUUGUUGGCUGCCCAAUAAAAGAGACUAACAAAGUGGAUGAAGACUUUAGUGGGCAAUGCUUUGCUUGUGCUCCCGCUGCUGCAAAACAGGGACAAGUGUCUUCUCCAGAUGCCAGUGAUAGCAUAAGGCCAGUCAAACGAGCAAACCUUAAUGAAACAUGUGAAAAUACUAAAAAUCCCGAUCAAUCCACAAGUGAAAAUUCCCCAAAACCACCUUGUAAUAAUCAGCUUUGCUGUGUUCCAGGACUAGGAGUGAGCUGCAACAAUCUUGGAAUUAGUUCAAUAAGUUCGGCAAGGAGCUUGUCUUCUUUGUCUUACAAUUCCUCUUGUGCACCGUCCCUCAAUUCUAGUCUUUUUAUAUGGGAAACGGAUAUUGGGUCUUCUGAAAUCGGCCAAGCAGCUAAGCCCAUUGACCACAUCUUCCAGUUCCAUAAAGCUAUCCGAAAGGACUUGGAGUAUUUGGAUGUUGAAUCUGGAAGACUUGCAGACUGCAACGAAGCUUUUCUUCGGCAUUUCAGUGGAAGAUUUCGGCUUCUAUGGGGUCUUUAUAGGGCUCACAGUAAUGCUGAAGAUGAUAUAGUAUUUCCUGCACUAGAAUCCAAGGAGUCUCUGCAUAAUGUGAGCCAUUCUUAUACGAUUGACCACAAGCAGGAGGAGAAAUUAUUUGAAGGGAUAUCUGCUGUCCUUAAUGAGCUUGCUCAACUACAUGAAGGCAAUUUGGGUUUUGCUGGUGGUUGUGAAGAGUGGGGGAGAAGGCAUAAUGAGCUUGCUACCAAACUUCAAGGAAUGUGCAAAUCCAUAAGAGUGACACUGGACCAGCAUGUUUUCCGGGAAGAACUCGAAUUAUGGCCUCUUUUUGAUGCCCAUUUUUCUGUGGAGGAGCAGGAUAAAAUUGUUGGCCGUAUAAUUGGUACAACAGGAGCAGAAGUGCUCCAGUCAAUGCUGCCAUGGGUUACAGCUGCACUUACUCAGGAGGAGCAGAACAAGAUGAUGGAUACUUGGAGACAGGCAACAAGAAACACUAUGUUUAAUGAAUGGCUGAAUGAAUGGUGGAAAGGAGCUUCAGUAGCAUCUUCUCAGGCAACUCCUUCAGAGAGUAGUGUUCCUGCCCAAGGUAAAGAUGUUCAGGAAAGUUUGGAUCAGUGUGACCAGAUGUUUAAACCUGGAUGGAAGGACAUCUUCAGAAUGAACGAGAAUGAUCUUGAAGCAGAAAUAAGGAAGGUUUCUCGGGAUUCUUCAUUAGAUCCACGUCGAAAAGCAUAUCUUAUUCAGAAUCUUAUGACCAGUCGCUGGAUAGCUGCUCAGCAGAAGGUUCCUGAACCAAGAAUUGGUGAAAGUGCCGAUGGUGAAGAUGUUCCUGGGUGCUCUCCGUCCUACCGGGAUUCUGAAAAUCAGAUAUAUGGCUGUGAACAUUACAAAAGAAACUGCAAGCUUAUGGCUGCAUGCUGCAACAAGCUUUUUGCUUGCAGGUUCUGUCAUGAUAAAGUCAGUGAUCACUCUAUGGACAGAAAAGCAACAACUGAUAUGAUGUGCAUGCGCUGUCUGAAGAUUCAGCCUGUUGCACCGACAUGUGCAACACUGUCCUGUGAGGGGUUUUCGAUGGCAAAAUAUUUUUGUAAUGUCUGCAAAUUUUUUGAUGACGAAAGGAAUGUGUACCAUUGCCCUUCUUGCAAUUUAUGCCGUGUAGGGAAAGGUCUGGGGAUUGAUUUUUUCCAUUGCAUGACGUGCAAUUGUUGCCUAGGAAUGAACCUAGUGCAGCAUACGUGCCGUGAAAAAGCCUUGGAGACAAACUGCCCAAUUUGUUGUGAUUUUUUGUUUACAUCAAGUGCUGCAGUUAAAGCUCUUCCUUGUGGCCAUUUCAUGCAUUCGGCUUGCUUUCAGGCCUACACAUGCAGUCAUUACACCUGCCCAAUCUGUUGCAAAUCCAUGGGAGAUAUGGGUGUUUACUUUGGAAUGCUUGAUGCAUUGUUGGCAGCAGAGGAGCUUCCUGAGGAGUAUAGAGAUCGAUCUCAGGACAUUCUCUGUAAUGACUGUGAAAAGAAGGGAACUUCCCGCUUCCACUGGCUAUAUCACAAAUGUAGUUCAUGUGGUUCUUAUAACACUAAGGUGAUAUAAGCAGGUGUGGUUUCACGGCUACGGUUUUUCUGCAUUGCCCAGGGGCUUGUAUGACUUUAUAGGUCGCCCCUUUCUGAAAGAGGGCUAAUUUUUGUAUUUCAAAGAGGAGGCAAUGGGUUACUUUCCCAGAUGAGCAGGUAUUGUAUAUAAUAUGCUUUUCACCUGCUUCCUUUACCACCCCUGGCCCCUUUGCAGCCUCGGCUGCAUUUGUAACAUACACAACCAAUUCAUUUUUCUCGACUUUGUUCAUUUGUACAUAAGCCAAGUUUCCCGCUCGCUCGACAAGAACAGUCACGACAGUUUUGAGUAUUUUUCUGUAUAAUGCGGAAUACAUGUGCAGUGUUCUGUGCAUAUAGGUUUUCAUGCUAAAGCGUGCAUGUGGAAUUUAUGUAAGCCCUUUGUGGUGCCUGCCACUCAUCCAA